UUCAGCUAAUCAUCGGCAUAGAUCAUGCACUUCGUCUUGUUAUUAGUUAUGUUUAUUUCUUCCUCGAAGGCCGUAAAAAUAAUCCUAUCUAAUACGGCAGCUACUACCGCUACUACAGCUAUGACCACAACUGUAGAAUCGGCGUUCAACACUCACCAUACAACUGAGGAUGGUGACGAUCUUCUAAUUAACACAGCAACAUCCACUUUUCUCCUAAGUACCGUUACCGAAAAUGUAUGGCCAGAAUUUCCUCCAAAAAAAGCCACCGAAAAAUAUGCCGCGACUUCGACAACACCGAGUACUACAACGCAAUCGCAGCCCAUUGAGGUGGCUGGAAACAGGAACGAGACAACAAGGGAUUUAAUAAAAGAUGAGAGUUCUGAAAAGUAUUCCAGUGCUUAUUGCUUUUGUGAUCUGCGUUUAGAUGAAUGUGAUAUAAAUUGCUGCUGUGAUCCCAAUUGUCAUCCAAUGGUAUUUAAAAGUUUUGUAUGCUCACAGGACCCUUUAUUCGAAAAGACGUACAAAGGGCGUUUCGAAAAUUUCAAAUUACAUCAAGGAUUACCGACUUGUGAACAAGAGAACAGUUGGUUAUGUAUCUUCUGGUCCAAUGCCCAUAAGCAUAAGGAACAGGAAACUGUAAAAGCCAUGCGUUACGAUACCUCGCAGUAUUACUCUUGGCCAAAUAUAUUAGAAGAGAAAAGUGAAGAAGAGGCUCAUGACUUUUUCAAAUAUGGCGAUCCAUUGCAAAUUGUAAACAUCAACACUAGCUAUGUAGGAAACUUUGAUCUACCGUCUAACUUUGAGUCUCCUUAUUGUCGGCACCAAGAGCCAUUGCGUCAUUUAAUGGCUUUUAAACGGAGUUGUAUAAUGGCACAAUACGAAGAGCUGAUCGAACUGCAAGAAUCGUUUACAAAUUUCAAUCAAAGUGCAAAAAUCCUAAGCAAACCUGAAACCAACAACAACUUGAAAAAUUUUACAACUGACGCCGCAGAAGUUCGAAUAGUUGUUUGUAAUGUAACCUUGGACGCAUGUAUUCCCAACGCAGAUCAAAUGCGGGAAAAGGGAAAUCUCAAACAUGUUCUACUGUCUAAAAUUAAUAUAAAAAUAUUGCAUAAUUUUACGCACAUAUCAGGGUCCGUCAUCGAAAUGUGGUAUAAGAACGCGGACUUUGACGAGAAUACAAGCCCAACUAUGGACUUAUGGCUCAAUAUAGAAGUUGAUUUUUACAAUAGAAGCAUAGAGGAAGUACUUUACAAUGGAUUUAGGGAAAAGACAAAAAUUAUAUCCGGUCCUUUGGGUUAUCUAAUGGAUCAGCCUGUACUUGUGGCAAAAUAUAUGCCCUACACCUUAAGUUUGCCUCUUGCACCUGAUAAUCGCAUAUUAAAUUACUUCCAUGAGACCGCUGAAACGAGUAACACAUUGGCUGUACUAAGAAGACAUAAUGGCUGGUGUCAUAGGGAUAAGAGUCCCCAGAAUCUCGUACACUUUGGCAUAAAUCUAAUGAUUUCUUGCAAAAUGCGGUUGAGCGACGAUAUUCUUCGAUACAAAGAGCCGGGGAAAAUGAAUUUCUCUUCUCUCUGUGUACAUCUGAAAGAGCAAGCACAGUACCAACUAAUUGGUAGUGACCUAAAUCAAGAAGAUUUAGACAAUUAUUUUGUAUCGGUAUUGGGUAAGCCUCGUAAUCAAAGCAGUAACUGGUUGCCACUACAAUUGUACAACUUUAAUUUUAAUCCGGCAGUGGGGCAAUACAAUGAACAAACAAACUCUUUUAUAUGUCACAACAUUCAGUUAAGUCUCUCAUAUGAAUUUUACAUGGCUACGGAACAUUUUGAUGGAAUACCACAUCAAAAUACAAUUAAGCGAGCUGCUAUCGCUAUGGGACAACGUCAUGAUUUGGAAUUCUCCCUAGAUGAGAACAUAGAAGUUCCGCUAGUCACAACCAUUCGAUUUUACGAUGCAAAUGCUCUCGCAGCAUCAAAAGGUAGCAAUAUUAAGAACUUGUUUAAUGUAAUCCUAGUAAUAAUAAUUUUCGUUUAA